CAGCGAGAUGCCAGUAUCAGGGCUCCGGGUUAUUGCUGACGGCCGGGUGUGAGAGGGGGCGUGGCCAGCGGAGACAGGAGACAAAUGAGAGAGGUGUACAGGAAUAGCGGUUCGGCUGGUGGUUACCCUGACUGAGAGGAGGGGGGCGAUGCGGCACCUGAAGGGGGCACAGGAGUGGCGAGGCCUGCAGUUGCCGCCAGCAAUCAGCAGAGUGUAGGCAGCUUUCAUGCCAGCCUCCCCCUCAAAAGCCACACUGCAAGCACAGAGGAGAAGGUUCCACAUCCCCUUAUUUGUCCGCACAGCCUCUUCAGUAAGCAUCCUUAGACUCAUCUCAGUGGAGGAUGUUUUUGAGAGAGCAACGCAGACACCAGCACACUGGUGAUAAAAACUCUGGCUUUGCUGUGUUAUACCACAAUAUGAAACAUGGUCAGCUGUCUAUCAAGGAAUUGGCCGAAUUUGUGCGAGAGAGGGCAGCUGUGGAGGAAGCAUAUUCGAAAUCUAUGCAGAAAUUGUCCAAGAUGGUCAACAGUGGAAGCCACCUGGGGACAUUUGCUCCAAUGUGGGAAAUGUUUCGGGUGUCUUCAGACAAGUUGGCUCUCUGUCACCUGGAACUAAGCAAGAAACUGCAUGAUUUAAUAAAAGAUAUCCACCGAUAUGGAGAUGAACAGGUCAAAGUGCAUAAAAAAGCUAAAGAGGAGAUGUCUGGCACUUUAGAGGUCAUUCAGUUGCUGCAGUGCAGCUCACAGUUUCUGCAGAAGUCCCGGGACAACUAUUGUAGCAGAUUCGCUGAGCAGGAGCGUCUCAGGAGGGAGGGGGCCCCACAGAAGGAGAUGGAUAAGGCAAAACUGAAGACUAGGAAAGCAGCAGAGUCUCUUCGUGGGUCCGUGGAAAAAUACAACGCUGUACGCAAGGAAUUCGAGGAUAAGAUGCUGCAGUCUGCACAGUUAUUUGAAGACACAGAGGCAGCUCACCUCACACACAUGAAGCGGCUUGUUACAGCAUAUUCACAUUCUGUGGAGGAUACACAUGUACAAAUCGGGCAGGUUCAGGAAGAGUUCAAACAUAACAUGGAAAAUGUGGCCAUAGAGAAGCUGAUCAGGAAAUUUGCAGAGAGUAAUGGGACAGGAACAGAGCGGCCUGAGGCAGUGGAAUUUGAAGGUUUCCGUUUCCCAACAUCUUUAGAAGGUGUAAAGCGUACAUGGUCCAAACCUUUUCGUAUCCGGGGCCUGAGUAAAAGGGAAAAGGACACACAGCAAGUGGAAUCUACUGAGCCAAAUUGUGUGGAUCUUCCAGAUAUUGAUGAGGAAGGCUUUACCAUUCGCCCCGAUGACAAUGUGACCAGAGACACCUCGGUUGCUUGCUGCUCAUCCAGUGACUCUGAUUUUGAUGAUGAUGAUGAAGAGCCCCGGCGUUUCCGGAUCCAGAUAAAACCCCCACAAAGUGGAGAGAGAGGGGAAGAUGAGGAAGCUGAAAUUAAAAGGCUCCGAGAGACUGUGGGCUGUAUGAUACAGCCGCCUGCAGCAGUGGUAUCUGUGCGGCGGCAGACAACACGUACAAUGAUAGGUGUUGGUACUGUACCGGGAGAAACACAAAUACUCUGUCAUACAGAUAAAUCCGCUCUGAGUUUCCCCAAUGCCUCUCCGUCCUCUGAAACCAGCAGUAGUGAAACAAAUUCUGUGUGCCGUGCCUAUCCUACCCCUUCUUCAUUUGGACCUCCUCAGGAGUCAGUUUUCGAGCCUGAAGAUUUUCCAGUUUGCAGAACAUAUACUCUCACCUCUAGCCCUUCUCCAUUCUCUUCCUCUUCCCCCGAAAAUGUGGAGGACUCUGGUUUGGAUUCCCCUUUCCACCCAUUUUCUGGCCCUUCUCCGGACUCUAGGCCAUGGACCCCUCGUGAUGACUCUUCAACGGGGGAUUCUGCGUUAGUGACCUCCUCUUUUGGUGACUCGCCAGUAGAUCUGAACACAUCAAAUUCCACAGAACCUCCACUAGAAAAAAAUGAUACUUGGGAACAAAAAGUGAUUGUGCCAAGUCCACCAGUUCCCAGCUGUACAAUAGAAAGAACUACAGAACUCUUCUCUCCCAACUGUGAUUCUUGGGACACCUCUUCUGGGAAACAUGCCAAUCUGUGCGCUCGUACACAAGCUACAUGUAUAGCACUCCAUGCACAAAGAAGCAAUAACAUGGCAGCCUCUAUAAACCUGUCCUUGCUAAGUCCCGGUCCCCCGUCAUCAACUAUCAGUGACCGUGGUUUCUUCUCUCCUCCAUCCUUACAUGCUGGCCUCUCUGUGGGAUUAUCUCGUGGACCCAGUCCUGUUAUUCUGGGAUCUCAGGAGUCUCUUCCUGUGGCUGCUGCAUUCACAGAAUAUGUACAUGCUGUGUUUGAUGAAGGGGAGCUAGAGGGGUCAGGAGUGCGUGUCUCAGGAGAACUCACAAUGUCCUUUCCCGGAGGCAUACUUCGUGUGUUUGGCGGAUCUACCCCACCACCUGUGCUAAGCUUUCGGCUGGUCCACACUUCUGAUGUUGAACAUUUCAUUCCUAAUUGUGACCUCCUUUUCAGUGACUUAUCUCAGAGUGACCCCAGCUGCAAAGAUUUUUGGCUAAACAUGCCACGGCUGACUUGUCACUUGCAGAACCUGGCAGAACAGCAUCCGGCUCCUUACUACAAUGUCGUUCUACUCAAGUACCAGGUCUUUAAGCCUGGCAUUGAUGUUGCUCCCUUGCAUCUGUCAUCGUCCUGGAAAUGCAGUACCACCUCCACAGAGUUUAUCCUGGAGUACAAACAGAACAUCUCCUCCUUGGGGGAUGUACACAUCCUCCUUCCACUUGAUGAACCACUGUCAAACUUGCAGUUUGAUCCUCCAGCUCGCUGCUCAGAGAGGAGGUUACUGUGGCAGAUCCCCAACACGCCCUCUGGGAAAGAAAGAGAAGUUAGCGGGAGGUUGUAUGCUCGUUGGCAGCCGCUUGGUACUUGCAGCACUUCCUCUACAGCCGCAGCACAGUUUACAUGUGAGGGUCGUACUUUGUCUGGCGUGGAUAUAGAGUUGGUGGGAUCUGGAUAUAGAAUGUCACUGGUCAAGAAAAGGUUUGCAGCAGCAUAUUUUCUUAUCCCAGGUAAAUACCUUGUAUGCUGAGACAGGAUGACCUUGCUUUGCACCACACCUUGUUUUGGUCUCAAGCCUGGACUUUCAACUGUAAAGAUAGGAGACUCGCCUAUGUGUAAAAGAGGCUUCUUGGUCACCCACAAUCAGUGAAAAUGUGUGCACAAUCAAGAGACUGUGAGAACAUUUAUGUCUGAGAAAAUGUCAAGCACUUUAGCAUUUUGAGAAUACUGUUGAAUAUGUUUUGCCUAGGUCAGAGGAAUGACCAUUCGUAGACUCAAGACACAGAUUUCAAAGUGAUUUUAAGUGGGACAUUAGUGCACUUCUACUUUUUAAAGUUUAUCUAGUACUUGAGUUAAUCAGCAUUUUGCAGCUGAAGAGACCCAUAGUUUAAAAGUUCAGGAGUUAUUUAUAUAUUUCAGUUACUUGUUACUGAUGGGGACAUUUUCUAGAGCACUUCUGUUCAAUAGCCCUCAUGGUGUCUGAGACUGGUGAAGCUUAUGCGUAGAAUGUGUGUAUAUAUAACCAAUACAUUAUACAGUACAUACACCUUGUAUGUACAUACUUGCACUGUUUCUUCUGUUCACUUCUUUAUUUCCUGUCUGUCUGUCUGAAAGAUUUGGUAUUGGUUGCAGAAUGAUAAUAUAUAUUAUAAAUAUAUAUAUAUUGUGUGUAUAUAAAAUAAAGUUUGUUUCUGUCA